AUGAAUAAAUGUCGGCGAAAGAGCACCAUUUCUAUAGAAUUCUUCAAUGUUAGGGGCACGGUGAUCCGAUUUCUUUCUUUUAUUACUCCCUUUUUUUCUCUGCUGUGGUCACCACACUCCCCACCACACACAUACACCAAUCAUUUUCUGUCUGAUGCUGGCCUGACAGCCUCAGCCAAUGUCAUUACAGUCCGCCUCUUAAUAUCAUCAAACGAAGACGUAGGUGGUCAUCCCUGGCGCCGUUUAUUCUCCACCGGGCCCAGCAGGAUGUUCUUAUUGAAGCCGCAUCGUCGCAUCCAAAGUAACGGAGCUUCUUUAGUGCCAUCUGAUCCCUCUUUACUUACAGAAUGUCAUAUCGCCUCCUGUUUUCUCCGUCAACAAAUUCUUUCUCUUUCUCUGUUUAUUUCUUUCUCUGUUUAUCUCUUUCUCUCUCUCUUUCGCUUCCUCUCUCUCAUUUUAUCAUUCUCUCUCUAG